UGUGCGUUGUCUGGAUUCUUUGUGCCAUUCUUGGCAUACCAAUAUCUGACUUACUCUUCAUAUUUACGGACCAAAUACCGUCCUAAUUUCCACCAAACACGCCGAGAAGGCAUCCAACUUUUCUUUUGGUGAGUACGCUUCUAUUUAAACAAUAUUUUAGAUCAGUCUCAGGAGUGUUUUCAGAGAAAUAUACGUUAGAACGCUGGCAAUGUGAUCGUGAUUCCUCCAAUACUUUACAUACUUGUCAUGUUUGCCACCACGAACUUCCGGCGACGUGGGUUUUCAGUUGACUUAGCAGCAGUCUGUGACAAAACAUGGGGUUAAAGGAUGUUACAAUUCGUCGCAAAAUACGUUACGUGCAGUUUGUGUUUAUUGAUCGUGGUGUUAGCUGUGUAUUGUGUGGUCAAGAAAGGCUAAAGUGGUCUCAAUGGAAUUACCAGCGCUUGGCGGGGUUAGCGCACGGGCUUCAGAAACUGUCAUCGCGUUUACAUUUUCCUACGUGUGACAUUUACAGGCUGUCCGCUGGUAGCCGGCAAGAUUUCCUCGCCGUGGACCCCUGCCAGCGCCGGGCCCCCGGCCGACACCAAUGGCUCCGGCCCCGACGCCAAGAGCCUCGACGUGGGCGACGAGGUAAGCGACGAGGAUGACAAGGACCUGGCGGCGGCGGACGCGGAGGGCGUGUGGAGCCCCGACAUCGAGCAGAGCUUCCAGGAGGCGCUGGCCAUCUACCCGCCGUGCGGCCGGCGGAAGAUCAUCCUCUCCGACGAGGGCAAGAUGUACGGUCGCAACGAGCUGAUAGCCAGGUACAUCAAGCUGCGCACGGGCAAGACGAGAACGCGCAAGCAGGUCAGCUCGCACAUACAGGUGCUGGCUCGGAGGAAGCUGCGAGAGAUACAGGCCAAGCUGAAAGUGGACCACGCGGCGAAGGAGAAGGCCCUGCAGACCAUGUCGAGCAUGUCGAGUGCGCAGAUCGUGUCUGCCACGGCCAUGCACAACAAGGCGGCGGGGCUGGUCGGCCUGGGCCUCGCGUCGCCCGUCACCUACCCCGGCGCGUUCUGGCAGCCGGGUUUGCAACCAGGAACCUCUCAGGACGUGAAGCCCUUCGUGCAGCCCCCGUACAUGGGCAAGCCGGCGACGGCGGUGUCGUCCAACGACAUGGGCCUGCAGGUGCCGCCGCCCCCGCCCUGGGAGGGCCGGGCGAUAGCCACCCACAAGCUGCGCCUGGUCGAGUUCUCCGCCUUCAUGGAGCAGCAGAGGGACGCCGACACCUACCAUAAACACCUCUACGUUCACAUUGGUGGAUCGGCGACUUACGCGGACCCGUUACUCGAGGCGGUGGACGUGCGGCAGAUCUACGACAAGUUCCCCGAGAAGAAGGGCGGCCUGAAGGAGCUGUACGACAAGGGCCCCCAGAACGCCUUCUUCCUCGUCAAGUUCUGGGCCGACCUCAACACCAACAUCCAGGACGAGGCGGGGGCCUUCUACGGCGUCACCAGCCAGUACGAGAGCAACGAGAACAUGACCAUCACGUGCUCCACCAAGGUGUGCUCGUUCGGCAAGCAGGUGGUGGAGAAGGUGGAGACGGAGUACGCCAGGUUCGAGAACGGGCGCUUCGCGUACCGCAUCCACCGCUCGCCCAUGUGCGAGUACAUGAUCAACUUCAUACACAAGCUGAAGCGCCUGCCCGAGAAGUACAUGAUGAACAGCGUGCUGGAGAACUUCACCAUACUCCAGGUGGUGACCAACCGGGAGACGCAGGAGACCCUGCUGUGCACGGCGUACGUGUUCGAGGUGUCGACGUCCGAGCACGGCGCACAGCACCACAUCUACCGGCUGGUGAAGGACUAACCCCCGCCCCGCCGCCCCCCUCCGACAGUGCCUACGUCGCCUCAGCCGUGCGUCAACGCUCCGGCCGCCGCUCUCCCACGGGGUUCACCUGCCAUCGUGCACCGAGCUGGUUGUUUGAUUGUCUUGUCAUUGCCAUUAUUGGAGGGAUGUUACUGUAAAUUCUAUCUGACAGCUCUCUUGUGUUUGGUUGUUGAUACACAAAUCCUCCUGAUAUUUAAGUUAUUUGGAGUCUUAAAAAGUCACUCAAGUGAUCGUAAUAGUGAACAAUUCCGCAAAAUUUUUUUAUUAAACCAUAUUUAGUGACGUGUAUUGAUAAAUAAUCAAAAUAUGCAAGACUCCUAUCAUUAACUGGAUAAGGCCCUCAAAUAGUAAUGGCAAGACGAUAAAAUAGCCAACAUCGUGUGUGAGACAUAAACAACACAAUUUAGUUACUUAAACAUGAUCUAUGCAACCUGACAUACAACAGUAUCGUAUUAGUCUGGCUCACCUUAAAAACAUUUUACCAGCAACUAGCACAUCAUCGGAAACUGUAACAUUGAAGCAGAAGCGAAACCUACGCUUGACUCAUUUAAGAACAGGUUGUGUGCAGUAAAACGGUUGUAACUGCAGUUUCAAUAACUUACAUACUUUAUCAUUUUAAUGAUGAUUAUUUAGAACCCUGUGGGAGAAUUUUGUAGGAUGUGUGUUGAAUGAUUGCAAUUAAUUUGAUCUCUUCGUAAUAAGAAAAACUCACGAUAUUUAACCAAGCAGAAAUUUGCAAUGUUGAAGUAACAAUACGGCAGCUAAUGUUUUAUCGUUUAUUUAUCUGUGGAGUAUCUGAAAAAAAAAAUUUAUGAAAUUCUAAGAGAAAUAGUGGUUUAUAUAUUUUUGUUUUUGAGCUAUACAAAUUAAUGAAAGAAGAAAAAAAUUAUAAUGAUGUGCAGCAUCACUAUUAUAUUAUGAAAGAUAUAUAUAGAUCAGAUAUAUAUUUAUUGUAUGUCUUCUGUGAAGAUAUUUGAGGCGUGUUGUAAGUACGGCAGUGUGGCUAUUGAUGCACUAGAGAUGUUGCCCUCGGCAACUGGCGUGUGCAAGACCGAUCAAGGAAUUCAGUACCGUUGUGAUUACACAAGGUUUGUGGCCAUAUCUUUUGACUGCCAUAUCAGUAUAUCAGUACGUAGGUCUCUUCUUUGUACUUAAAUAUUUUUGUUUUCCCCCCUCCCUUCAAAUGAACAAUUAAACUGUGUAUAAAUGGGAAAAAACUUUUCAAAAUGCUGUACAAUAUCAGUGUCAUUGUAAUAUAUACACGAUAAUAACCAAGAGAAAUUUGUUUCAAUGUUGAGUUUGAGAAAUGUAAUUAACAGCUGCAGUUAUAUGCACUUUCGAAAGUGCCUUUUCUGUCUCUUCUAAGAUUGACGGAGUUCAUAUCCAAUAAGUGUGCUUUAUAUUUGCAAAAAAACUUUGAGAAAAUAAAUAAAAAAAUAUGUUUAGGUUUUUCAGUAAAGAGUCAUUUUGAUGGAAAUUGUUGUUUUUUGGAUAACUGUACGUAAAUUAUGUUGUUUUGGUUUUUCCUCAUUGCUUACUGGGCAUUUAAAGAACAUUUAUUAGUUACUGUGGUUCAAUUCUCUUUUUUAUUGUUAGGAUGUCAUGAUAUAAAAAAUUAACUUAAGCAUGUAAAGGGCUAUUUCAAAAUUGGGAACUAAUGGAUUAUUUAUUGCUUUUAUUAGGUAUUUAAAUGCCAUGUUUCUUUUACAGCACUGAGUAAAAACCAACACUUUUAAGUUUAAUUUUAUUUUUUUACAACCUGAACCAGUUGAAAUUUAUUACAUUGAAGACAAAUAAUUUUUCUGUGAUGUCGUUUUGGACUAUAUUGACUUUUAAAGGUCCACUUGUGUUUGUACUAUUACCGUUAGGCUAGACUCUUUGUGAUAUGCAUGAUAUACAAUUUAUGUUGGGGAAAAAAAUACCUUUAAUGUUUUGCACUUUAACAGCCAUUAUCACUUGUCUGAUCAAUGAUAUUACCAUGAAACAUUGAUACAGUCUGUUGAUUUCACCAUCCACAUGUAAUUUUAUUAUAUAAUUUUUUUCCAAGCAGCUAUGUCUGCUUUACAAUUUUGUAUGUUGCGUGUGCAAUUACACACAUCUACAGCAAUGAUUGUCUUAAUAUUCUUUUAAUUACACACCAUUCUCAUAAAUUACUUACUGACAGUGUGUACUGGCGCUUACUGAAAUGUGUUAUUUCUCUUCCCCACCCCCUUCACCCAAUUUUACUUUGGUUUUGAAACCCUGACACACAUAUUACAAUUUAACUUCAACAGUGAUGCAUAGCUUACCACCUGGUGUAACUAUGGACAUAAUUACACCAGAUGGCAAGCUAAGCAUCACUGUUGAAGUUACAGUAGAACCCCGAUUUAACGAAGUGCUAUGGUUACCGAAAAUGUUUACUCUAAAUCGAAGUUUCGUUAAAUCCGAUUUACCGAUUUUCAAUGACCCCCGCACUCAUAAUCGCGUCCCUAUGUUUCCAUAUCGUAGAUAGGGUCGACACCGAUAUCUUGUGCUGCAGUGCUAUCUCAGACUUUGUCAACUUUCCACCUUAAACGUUUUUGAUCUCGCUCGUACGGCCCCCGGUUCGUACGUACACCUCAGUCGUAUGUACAGAUUUUCAGAAACCAUGAAAAAUUAGGCAAAAAAAAUAUUAAAAGUGUAAGAAAUACGUUAAAGUUUAUUAAAAUACAGUCGCAACCUGCAGCGUUUAUAACAAAUACCAGCUACAUACACAUUGCGUCACAGUAAAAAAUUUAAAAAAAAUGGCAGCAAAUUGAUGGAAAUUUACCGUCCAUAGUGCGCCGUACGCGGAGAAAGGUAAUUAAUUGUACUCGGUCAGCUGUUGUAACGGCGCGGCGUAGCCGCCGGCUGGCUCUCUUUGUUUACUGAGCUGCGCAUGCGCAGUAUAACUCAGUCAACGCUCUGCCCAGACUCGUGACCUGCCAUCAGCAGCCAGCCAAUAGACACGAGCUUAGCGGAAAAAAAUAAAAGCUCCACCACCCAUGUCCCAGUUUUGUCCAGUUCUAAUACCAGUAACAUAAACGAAUCGUCAAAAAAAUGUAACAAAGCCGAUAUCCAAAAACAGUAAAUAAAGUCAUGUACCAAUAAAAAAGCUAAGCAGGUCGUCAACAUGCAGUUUAGUCAAUUCCAAUCGCAAUCUGUAGUCAAAAUCCAAGAAGAAAAGUAAAAAAUCUAAGUCAGAACAGCACUUAUAAAAAAUGUAUUCCAAAAACUAAACACAGCGCACAAAGCUCUUAAUGAGAAUAAUGAUGAUGGUGUAUUGGUGUGACGUGAUCACAAGUUGAAAAAACCUGGAUGGGAAAGGGAAUAUUUGGAUAUGUGUGAUUAUUGGCUAGCACUGUUACUAUGAAGGCGUGAUUGGAAGAUAACGUGGUGAGUCAAGCCAGGGAUAAGGGAGGGGGAGGCGGACAAAGAAACCCUUCAUGACGUCAUGUAUCGCGGACAGUAUCUAUCUAGGCACGCACAAUGGCACGCACCUACGCAAUUUAGUUACAACGCCUGGAGUUUUUAAGCAAUUUGAACAAUUUUUUUUUAUUUUUUCAUGUUUGGACAGAUGAUGCAAAGGCACUUAAUAUAUACCUCCAUUCUAUUAACUGACACCACAGAGUGUAUUUUUUAAUAAGUUUCUGUUACAAUUUACUCUCAUUUUUUUGUAAAUCUAUAUUAUUUUAAUAUAUAUAUUAUGGUUCCUGAAAACCUUUAUGUUAAAUCUGUGUUCACAAAAUCGGGGUUCUACUGUAAAUUGUAAUUCAAUCCAUUUAUAAUACAUUAUUUCUCCUUGCCCCCCUCUCCCCACCAAUUGUUAAUGGUUUUGGUUUCUGCUUAGCUUUUAGUGUUUGUAUUGCUAAAAAUAUUUGAUUGAACCAUAGUCAUUGAUAAUAAAUGAAUUUUAUACAGGU